AACAAGAAGGGAUACAAUUCAGACUACCGUAAACGCUAAUUAGUUUCUCUCGUUUACCUCGGUAAGGACGAUAUGGUUCUCACGAGAAGAAAGCGAUCUGGUGCUGCCGCCGCUGUUGCGGCUGCUGACGCGACUGAUAAUUAUGAUUAUGAUGAUGGUGCUAACAGCAACCCCACAGAGAGGAGGAUGUGUGCCCAUCCGAGUGCGGAAGUGUGCAAGAACAAGUAUAGACACUGUGCCGUUGCUAGAGCCAGGGUUGUAAGUUCAACUCGCUCCCUGCAGAACUUGGCAGGUGAGGAUGCCGCACAGUUUCCUAAUGGCGAACAGUUUCCUGAAGGGCGUGGUCCCAGACGGACGAGGUCGUUGGCAACGUGGGUGUCACCAACGACCUUAGAUGUAGGAGUGGCAGAUGAUGAUGUUUCGCAGACAACGACAUCGCGGGUGUCCGGUUUCACGCUGCGCUCGGCCGACCCGUCCACCUAUGCUAAUCGCUCGGUCACCAUCGAGGAGGUGGUGGCGCCCACCAAGAAGCUCCUAGAUACAGACGAGGAAAAUUCCUUGAGGGAUAAGUCCUGGUUUCCCAGCUUGGCUUUCAUCAGCGGUAGGAAGCAUGGAACACAGGAGGCGGACAAACGCUUGUCAAAGCAAGUCAGGCACUUCUAUAAGCAGCAGGAUGAGUUCAUUACGAUGCUGGAGGGGGCACACGGCAGCGACCUAAGCCCCACGUCCACCGCGCCACCCCUGCAAAAUGGCUCUUCAAGUGCCAUGCCACUCACUGUAGAGGAAGGUCAGGAAGAGAAGGCGGUACUUCAGAAUAGCCCGCAGCAGGGAAAAGCUGUCGUCCAAGAGGCAGAGCUCCGGACGAGGAAGAUCGUCAGUAGAAUCGCAAAGGCAACGUUUUGCAUAAAUUUUUUGUUGUUGGCUGCUAAGGCCGUCGCCGUGGGUCUAUCCGGGUCUCUGUCAAUCAUCUCCAGCCUGGUAGACAGCUGUGUUGACCUUGUUUCCGGCUUCAUCAUCUUCUGGACAACGCGAGCAAUGAAGAACAGAAGUAUUUACCUGUACCCACAGGGACGGACCAGGUUGGAGCCAGUUGCCGUAGUGAUCCUCUCUGUGAUAAUGUCCAUCGCCUCUCUACAGGUCAUCAUUGAAUCUAUCGAAUGCAUGGUCAACAAAAACAUGAAUCCCGAUGUUGGAUGGACCACUGUUGGUCUCAUCCUUGCAACUAUAUGUACAAAGAUGUGCCUUUACCUGUUCUGUCGUCGGUACAAGAACCCGAGCGUGCAGGCACUGUGUCAGGAUCACCGCAAUGAUGUACUCUCUAACAUAUUUGCCCUCGCCGGUGGCUUUAUCGGAUCAAAGUGGUGGGUGUAUGCUGACCCGAUCGGAGCCAUCUUGAUAAGUCUGUACAUUCUGAUUAGUUGGUGGAAGACUGGUGCUAAACAAAUUCGUCUGCUUACCGGACACACGGCACGACCGGUAUUCAUGCAGCAGCUGACAUGGCUUAGCUUCCACCAUGAUGCUAGGAUUCUCUACAUCGACACAGUCAGAGCAUUCCACUUUGGUAACAACUUCAUCGUGGAGGUGGACAUUGUCUUACCGGAGGACAUGCUGCUGCGUGAGGCACACGACGUGGGCGAAUCACUGCAGCAACGGCUGGAGAGUCUGCCAGAGGUUGAGCGAGCGUUUGUGCAUCUAGACUAUGAGUUCCAGCAUCACCCGUCCAGCGAACACAAGGAAGUCUAGCACCGCGUAGCAGGCGACGUAACAUCACAGUGUAGCACACUCUACUGUAACACAGUCUACUGUAACACAGUCUACAGUAGCACAGUCUACUGUAACACAGUGCAGCAGUCGACAUAACACAGUGUAGCACAGUAUACUGUAACACAGUCUACUGUAGCACAGUCUACUGUAACACAUGUGUAGCACAGUCUACUCAGGGGCGUAGCCAGGGGUGAUUCCAGGCAUUCUGGAAUCCCCACUGGUUUGUAUCAAAAUAGCACA